AAUUAAUUGUCAUUAAUCAAAAAGUAGGAACUUACAAAGAAUUUCAAAGAAUUGAAAAACAAGGUUUGAAAAGCUCUCAAAAUUCGUCCUUAAGCUGCCAAAUAAGUUCUAUCCCUAAUUAUUAGGGUUAUGGGGGUGUUAUUUAUAGGAAACAAGGCAAUUUGGACUGAAUUAGGACAAAACGGGGUCAGGCACGGCGCCAGGCACGACCGUGCCUGCGACCGUGCCUCCGGAGAAAAAACGCGCAUUUUGGGCAGGCAUGGCGUGCCUGCCUGCCAGCCACGAUCGUGUCUGCCUGACAGUAGCUCCGCGAUGCUUUCUCUUCACGCACGAUCGUGCCUGACUUUGAGGGCACGAUCGUGCCUACUUAAUUUCCGAAACUUUCAAUGCUUCCUUCAUGAAACUUGUAGAUAAUGAAGUCUUCUAUCCACCCCAAUUUACCUAAUGUUAUUUGAAUCAUCUAAUCAAGAGAUAUGAUCAAAACAGUGGAAGGUAUAAUUCUGAAAUCGCAACAGGGAUCAUCUGACUUCAUCGUUUAUUUUCACCUUCUUCCUCUUAGAUUCUCACAAUGAUGUCUUCAUAUGAUUUGUAUCCCUUGAAGUUUUCUUUCAUAUGGACUUUGAAUCGUGUACAUUGAAUGUUUCUACAAAGAGAUAUGCUUGAAAGAUUGUCAGAAGGUCAUCAUGAUCGCCGAUUUCGAGCUCCAUUCAUCUUAUUUUGAUCCCGUAGCCAUUCCUAGAGCUCUCUUAUCGUCAAAACUUCAUCAUGAACCUCGCGGUGACCUCCAAAGCUCUCAAAUCUUCCUCGAAUGCUUCCAAAAUCUCCCCGAUUGCCUCUUUAAGCACCGAUACCGGUCUCUAACUUUUUCAAUUCAACUCCAAAUGCAACAAAACUCGACCCAACGCCUGAUAAUUACAUCUUGAGCUAAAAUUGAGACUUGCAACACCUUAAAGCUAGGAAAACCAUCAAAAUCCGACUUCAACACGCAUCAAAUACGUGUUGUAAUACGAACUUAUCACAUUUUGAACAGGUGAAAUAUGCAGGAAGUUACAAAAUGGUGUCCUAUCUUUUCUGAAAAUAAAGAAAAAACAAAUGCUGCAUACUUAAAAUGCAACAACUAUUUUCUCAAUCCAGCAACAAAUAUAUUCAUUAACCAACCUAUAAUUUGAUAGAAGAAGGUUCAAGCGGAAGGUUUAAGGAGUAGUGCGAUCCGUCGGUUUGAAUUGGGCGAAUGGGCGCCGUCGGCUACAGUGGUUCUUACAUAUGGGAUUCAAUUGGGAAUAGACGAUCUGGGCGAGGGAUUACUCAUCAUCGCCAACCUUUUGAAUUCAAUCCAUCGAUUCGUAGUUGGAGGCAGAAUUUUCAGAUUUCUCAAUGUCGAUCUCGCUUGGCUUGUGGAUAUGGGUGCGACAAAUAUUAGAGAAGGCCAAUACAUGAUCGGGAAUCUUCUUUUCAGUCCCGACUCGCGCUGCAGCGGCCUGGAAAUGGGAUCUCAGGCGCGGUGGUAGCAGGACAACUUCUGGACGGGUACCUCUUCCACAAUAUGGUGCGAUGGCCAGGGAUUGGAGGGGAUUAGAUAGGCACCAAUCAGCUUCUAUACGACAGAGCUUUAUUACCAGUAAAUAUUGCAAUCCAAAUGCUUCUAAACCCUGGACAAGAGCUGCACCUUGGCCUCCAAGCAGCACCAAGGAUCCAGACCUUCAAAAUAAAUUUUGCUUUAAUAUUGAGAGUAAAUCUUUUUAUUUUGACUUGGCUUACUCUACUCUCCAUAUUAAUCAAGUUAAAAAUCACCGCACUUGUUUGAUUUCAUUUGAUAAAGAUGUGGUAGAAUGGUUGUAUAACUCCUUCUCUCCCAUUCUAUCGGGUCAAUCAUGGGCUUUCAGAAGGUAUGAGAAGUCGCGUAAACUUCAUUUGUCUUAUGAUAAGAAUAAUUUUGGAAGUUUUAUUCGACUAGUGAAAAUAAGAAAAUGGGGUAGGACAAGCAUCAUUGUUCCAGAAGGCUGGAGGGGUGAGGGUUUUUGACAUUUUAAUUCUGCUUUACUGAAUCAGCAUUUGAUGUUAAAAGAGCUCAUGAAAGAAAAAUUAGGUAAGAAUUUAGAGGACUUUGGGUUUGCUUGUUCAGAGUUAAUGGAAUCUUCGUUUGAGAACUUGGGGUCUAUUUCUUCUAUGCUUUUUCAUGAAGAUCUACACACGAAUGAAUUUUUAAUUUCUCCUGAAUCAGAAAAAUUAAGUGAGGUUGUUCAAGGGAACACAAUUAAAUUAGUUGAGGAGAUAGGCAAUAUUGACAAGGAUGCGAUUGAGAUCAUUGAUUUUAUUUCUCCUCCUGAGACGGAUUACGCUAAUAGGGAUAUUGCCAUUUCGACGGAGAACUAUUAUGAAGGUAUGGGUAGAGAAGAAAGGGAGGAUGAGAGUAAUGUGGAUGAAGUCAUGAUAGUAACAUCGACUCAAGUCUCGUUCCCUGAACAAAGUCAACAAAAAGCAAUCAAGGGCAGUUCUCAAUUGGAUUUUGAUGACUUUCGUUCUUACGUUCUUCCUCGCCAAGUAACGAGUAGUUGGACAAUAUACACACGUAUUCUGAGGAUGAGAACGGUAGAAGGCGAAAAUAAGGCAUGCUUUUAGGAUGUAAUUAGAAGUAUCACGUAGUGCAGGGUUCACUUUGGCGAAUUUGAAACUUUUAAAAUGAUUAGAUGACGUGGAACAUAUAUCAAAUCAUUUAAUGCCAUGUAUUGAAUGCACCAAAACAUCC